AUGGCGAAGGAGGAAGAUGAAGAGAAGAAGGCCAAGAAGGGGAAGAAAGGGAAGAAGGCCCCAGAGCCGGAGAAGCCCAGAAGGAGCCUGAAGGGGACGUCGCGGCUGCUGAUGGGCUUCCGCGACCGCACCCCCAAGAUCUCCAAGAAGGGCCAGUUCCGCAGCGCGUCGGCCUUCUUCUGGGGCCUCCACACCGGCCCGCAGAAGACCAAGCGCAAGAAGAAGGCGCGCACGGUGCUCAAGUCCACGUCGAAGCUCAUGACGCAGAUGCGCGUGGGCAAGAAGAAGCGGGCCAUGAAGGGCAAGAAGCCGUCCUUCAUGGUCAUCCGCUUCCCCGGCCGCCGCGGCUACGGCCGCCUGCGGCCCCGGGCGCGCUCGCUCAGCAAGGCGUCCACCGCCAUCAACUGGCUCACCAAGAAGUUCCUCAUCAAGAAGGCCGAGGAGUCGGGCAGCGAGCGGGCCGCGCUGGACGCCUGGCUGCAGCGGCCGGGCUCCCGCGCGGGCUCCAGCAAGCUGCCCUUCCCGUCGGGCGCCGAGAUCCUGCGGCACGGCGGCCGCCUGCGCCGCUUCCCCCGCAGCCGCAGCAUCUACGCGUCCGGGGAGCCCGUGGGCUUCCUGCCCUUCGAGGACGAGGCGCCCUUCCGGCACGCGGGCUCGCGCAAGUCCCUGUACGGGCUCGAGGGCUUCCAGGACCUGGGCGAGUACUACGACUAUCACCGCGAGGGCGACGACUACUACGACCAGCGGUCGCUGCACCAGUACGAGGAGGAGCAGGCGCCCUACGCGGCCGGGCCCUGGGGCCCCUGCGGCCCCUACGGCCCCCACGACCCCUACGGCCCCUACGAGCCCUACGGCCCCUACAGCCCGGCCUGGCCGCCCUACGGGGACUACCUCCGCGGGUUCCCGCCCCGCGACCCCUACGACUACUACCACCCCGACUACUACUACUACGGCGGCCCCUUCUACCCGCCCUACGGCUACGAGGACUACGAGCCCCCCUACGCGGCCCCCGCCGGGUACGGGUCUCCCUACGGCUACUACGACGGCUACGGGGGCGAGGCGUACCCGUACAGCUACGCCCCGGACCCCUACGCGCCUUACGAGGCGCCCUACCCGCCCUACGACCUCCCGUACGACGCGCCCUACCUGGACCCCUACGGCGCCCCCUACGGCCAGGGCGGCUACGGCGGGGACCCGGCCGUCUACGCGCCGGAAGUGCCCUACCUCUACCCCGAGGAGCCGGCCUUCGCCUACCCUUGGGUGCCGCCGCCCAUCCUGUCCCCCCGCAACCCGUACGCCCACCCCAUGGACGACAUCGCGGAGCUGGAGGAGCCCGAGGACGCGGGCGGCGAGCGACCCCGCACGUCCUUCCGCCUGCCCAGCGCCGCCUUCUUCGAGCAGCAAGGCAUGGACAGGCCGUCCAGGUCCAAGCUGUCCCUCAUCCGCAGGUUCCGCCUCUUCCCGCGGCCCCAGGUGAAGCUGUUCGGGAAGGAGAAGCUGGAGGUGCCCCUGCCGCCCUCCCUGGACAUCCCUCUGCCCCUGGCGGACGCGGAGGAAGAGGAGGAGGAAGAGGAGCUGCCCCCGGUGCCCGCGAUGCCCUACGGCCACCCCUUCUGGGGCUUCCUGACCCCGCGCCAGCGGAACCUCCAGCGCGCCCUGUCGGCCUUCGGCGCCCACCGCGGCCUGGGCUUCGGCCCCGCGCUGGCCCGGCCGCCCCCGCGCCCGGCCACCUCCCUGGCACGCUUCCUCAAGAAGACGCUGUCUGAGCAGCCGCCGGCCCCGCGGCCCCGGGGCAGCCAGAAGGCCCGGCCGGGCGGCCCCGCGGCGCGCGAGGCGGCCUACAAGCGCUUCGGCUACAAGCUGGCGGGCAUGGACGCCGAGCGGCCCGGCACGCCCAUCGUGCUCCGGCGGGCCCAGGCGCGGGCCCGCAACAACAACAACUCCCACGGCGCGCCCGGCGCGGCGCCCGCGCAGCCCCCGGCGCACUGGAGCGCGCUCGCCGCGCCGCCCGCGCUCCCGGGGCCGCCCCCGUCGCCGCCGGGCUCGCUGCGCCGCCACCCGCCGCCCUGGGCCGCCCCCGCGCACGUGCCCCUCUCGCCCCAGCCCAGCUGGUGGGCCUUCGCCGAGCCCCCGCCCGUGCGGCCCGAGCUGCCCCCCGAACUGCUGGCCGGCCCCGGCCUCUGGCCCUCGUUCCGCGGCUCCCGGCGGCGGCCCGCGCCCUUCGGGCCGGCCCGGCCCUCCCCGCGGCCGUCGCGCAGACGGGCCUGGACGCCCCGGCCCUCGCCCCAGCCCUCGCUGCGGAGCCUGCCCGGCCUGGGCUACCGCUCGCCCGUGGGGCCCUCGUCCCCUCAGCCCUCCGUCCGCUCCGGCCCCUUCCAGCCGCCCUUCUCGCCCCCGCCGCGCCGCCCGCACUCGCUGCGGGAGCCCCCGCCCCCGCGCCGCGCCUCCGGGCGCCUGGGCCCACCCCGCUCGCCCGUGCUCGGUUCCCCGCGCCCGGCCUCCCCGCCCGCUAUGUUGGGACCCGGCGCCAGGCGUGGCUCCCUCAACCUGCCGUCCCGCCUCCCGCACACGUGGCGCCGGCUCAGCGAGCCCCCCACCAGGGCCGUGAAACCCCGCGUGCGCCAGCCCUUCCACCGGGCUCCGGGGCCUGGGGCCUGGCCGGCGGCUGCCCGAGAGCCCCGGGAGAAUCAGUCAGAGGACGCAGAGACACCCUGGACGGUGCCGCCACUGACCCCCAGCUGGGACGUGGACACGCCUUCUGCUCAGCGCCCCCCUUCGCCCUGGCCCGGAGGCCCCAGCAGCCGCCGAGGCUUUUCCAGGCCGUCCCCAGUGCCCGAAAACCCCUUCCUCCAGCACGUGGGCCCAGUCCCGUCCCCUGCUCCCCGCUCAGAAAAUCCAGCCUCUGACUCCACCAGUGUCAUCCUGGGUGGACACCAGGAGCCAGGUCCCGGACAGCUGGUCAAGUCAGCCUGCCCCAACUCAGGGAAGCCAGAGGAAGAGACUGCCCCACCUCAAGAGGUGGAAGGGGACUCCCAGACACCGGAAGAACCUGGGUCCCCCGACCAGUCAACUCCCAAGGAUUCCCACCCAGAGCAAAAGGCACUAAGGCUCAGCCUCUCCCACCCCCUGGCCGCAUGUGACCAGACAAGGGCCUCAUGGCCCCCAUGGCGCCGCUGGGGGACACUACCCGGUGCCCCAGCCCCUUUGGCACCCACUGGGACUCCAGCCCCCCUGCCCAAAGCGGGUAUGUGGCGUUUGGCAGUGCCCAGUCGUUUUGCUGUGGUCACGCCCCAGGUGCAAAAAGUGGGCUCUGUUCAGAGGGUUGGUGCCACCCUGCAGCCCCCUCUCCAGCUGUCCCAGGCCUCAGGACCUGGCCCCAAGCCGAGAGCCUGGAAUCUGCUCUGGUCCUGCCUCUGGAUGCGAGUGAAAGCCCACCGACCUUUUCUGCAAGGACCCUCCAACCCCAAGUCCUGCAGCCUGGGCCCCAGAACUUCCUGCCUGCCCCAGGGGGGCUCCUGGGAAGAGAUUGGUCUCAAAAGCUGGAACAAGAUGCACUCCAUCCGCAACCUGCCGUCCGCGCGGUCCCGUGAGCAGCGCAGCGAGGAUGGUGUGGAGGACAUGACACAGCUGGAAGACCUCCAGGAGGCUACUGUGCUGUCCAACCUCAAGACCAGAUUUGAACGGAACCUCAUCUAUACGUACAUCGGCAGUAUCCUGGUAUCAGUGAACCCAUAUCGAAUGUUUGGAAUCUACGGGCUGGAGCAGGUGCAGCAGUACAGCGGGAAGGCCCUGGGAGAGAAUCCCCCGCACCUCUUUGCAAUUGCAAAUCUCGCCUUCGCCAAAAUGCUUGAUGCCAAACAGAACCAGUGCAUAAUCAUCAGUGGAGAGAGUGGCUCUGGGAAAACGGAGGCCACGAAGUUGAUUCUACGCUACCUGGCCGCCAUGAACCAGAAACGAGGCAUCAUGCAGCAGAUAAAGAUCCUGGAAGCUACACCCCUCCUGGAGUCAUUUGGUAAUGCCAAAACCGUCAGGAAUGACAACUCUAGCCGCUUUGGGAAGUUCAUGGAGAUCUUUCUGGAAGGGGGUGUGAUCUCUGGUGCCAUAACCUCCCAAUACCUCCUGGAGAAGUCUAGGAUCGUGUUUCAGGCCAAGAAUGAGAGGAACUACCACAUUUUCUAUGAGCUGCUGGCCGGCCUGCCUGCCCAGCUCCGGCAAGCCUUCAGCCUUCAGGAGGCAGAAACCUACUACUAUCUGAACCAGGGAGGGAACUGUGAGAUCUCAGGGAAGAGCGACGCCGAUGACUUCCGCCGGCUCCUGGCAGCCAUGGAGGUGCUGGGCUUCAGUGGGGAGGACCAGGACAGCAUCUUCCGCAUCUUGGCCUCCAUCCUGCACCUAGGCAAUGUGUACUUUGAGAAGUAUGAGACAGGUGCCCAGGAGGUGGCCUCGGUGGUGAGUGCCCGUGAGAUCCAGGCCGUGGCGGAGCUGCUGCAGAUCUCCCCUGAGGGCCUGCAGAAAGCCAUCACCUUCAAAGUGACCGAGACAAUGCGAGAAAAGAUCUUCACGCCCCUGACUGUGGAAAGCGCCGUGGAUGCCCGGGAUGCUAUUGCCAAAGUUUUGUAUGCUCUGUUGUUCGGCUGGCUCAUCACCAGGGUCAAUGCCCUGGUGUCCCCACAGCAGGACACGCUGUCCAUUGCCAUCCUGGACAUCUAUGGCUUCGAGGACCUGAGCUUCAACAGUUUCGAGCAGCUGUGCAUCAACUACGCUAAUGAGAACCUUCAAUACCUUUUUAACAAGAUUGUCUUCCAGGAGGAGCAGGAGGAGUACAUCCGGGAGCAGAUAGACUGGCGUGAGAUCACCUUUGCCGACAAUCAGCCUUGCAUCAACCUCAUCUCACUGAAGCCUUAUGGCAUCCUGCGCAUCCUGGACGACCAGUGCUGCUUCCCACAGGCCACAGAUCAUACAUUUCUGCAGAAAUGCCAUUACCAUCAUGGCGCCAACCCACUGUACUCCAAACCCAAGAUGCCACUGCCUGAAUUUACUGUCAAGCACUAUGCGGGCAGAGUCACCUACCAGGUGCACAAGUUCCUGGACAAGAAUCAUGACCAGGUGCGCCAGGAUGUGCUGGACUUGUUUGUGCGGAGCCGGACUCGGGUCGUAGCACACCUCUUCUCCAGCCAUGCCCUACAGAGCCCUCAGCGCCUGGGCAAGAGCAGCUCUGUCACUCGGCUCCACAAGGCACACACAGUGGCAGCCAAGUUCCAGCAGUCACUCCUGGAUCUGGUGGAAAAGAUGGAGCGGUGUAACCCCUUGUUCGUGCGUUGCCUGAAGCCUAACCACAAGAAGGAGCCUGGCCUUUUUGAGCCCGAUGUGGUCAUGACACAGCUGCGCUAUUCAGGGGUACUGGAGACUGUGCGGAUCCGCAAGGAGGGCUUCCCGGUGCGGCUGCCCUUCCAGCUCUUCAUAGACAGGUAUCGCUGCCUGGUGGCCCUCCAGCAUGAUGUUCCUGCCAGCGGGGAGGUGUGUGUGUCGGUGCUGAGUCGCCUGUGCACAGUCAUGCCAAACAUGUAUCGUGUCGGCAUCAGCAAGCUCUUCCUGAAGGAGCACUUGCACCAGCUAUUGGAGAGCAUGCGGGAGCACGUCCUGAACCUGGCCGCCCUCACGCUGCAGCGCUGCCUCCGAGGCUUCUUUAUUCACCGGCGCUUCCGCUCCCUACGCCACAAGAUCAUCCUGCUGCAGAGCCGGGCUCGAGGCUACCUGGCCAGGCAACGGUACCAGCAGAUGAGGAGGAGUCUGGUAAAGUUCCGGUCCCUGGUGCACACCUACGUGAGCCACCGGCGCUACCUCAAGGUACAGCUGAGGGCAGAGCAGCGGCUCCGGGAACAGGAGGAGCUGAACAAGCGGGAGGUGGUGGCUGUGGGGCACCUGCACGUCCCAGCGGAAUUGGCUGGGCUCUUGCGAGCAGCGGCAGGCAUCAGGCCAACCCAGGUGCCCCAGGUGUGCCCUGUACGGACUCCACGCCUCCAGGCUGAGCCCCGUGUCACACUGCCCCUGGACAUCAACAACUACUCCAUGGUCAAGUUUGUUCGAUGCCACUUCAAGGAGCCUGCUUUUGGGAUGCUGACGGUGCCCCUGCGAUCACCUCUCACACAGCUGCCCAUCGAGUACCAUGCAGAGGCCGUGAGCAUCUUCCAGCUGAUUCUACGUUUCAUGGGAGAUCCCCACCUGUGUGGUGCCCAGGAGAAUGUCUUCGGGAACUACAUCGUGCAGAAGGGACUGGCAGUGCCUGAGCUGCGGGAUGAGAUCCUGGCACAGCUGGCAAACCAAGUGUGGCACAACCCCAGCAUCCACAAUGCUGAGCGGGGCUGGCUCCUGCUGGCUGCCUGCCUCAGUGGCUUUGCACCUUCCUCACGCCUCAACAAGUACCUACUCAAGUUCGUGUCUGAUUACGGGCCUCAGGGCUUCCAGGCUGUCUGUCAGCACCGCCUCAUGCAGGCCCUGAGUCGAACUCAGCAACAUGGCUGUAGAGCUGCCCGGACUUUCCCUCCAACCCAGCUAGAGUGGACAGCGAUCCAGGAGAAGGCCGGCAUGGUGCUGGAUGUGGGCUGUUUCAAUGGUGACCAGUUUUCCUGCCCAGUGCACUCCUGGAGCACGGGGGAAGAGGUGGCUGGAGACAUACUGAGGCACAGAGGGCUGGCAGAUGGCUGGCGGGGCUGGACAGUGGCCAUGAAGAACGGGGUGCAGUGGGCAGAGCUGGGAGGCCACGACUACGUGCUUGACCUGGUGUCGGACCUGGAGCUGCUCCAGGACUUCCCGAGACAGAAGUCUUACUUCAUCGUGGGUGCAGAAGGGCCCGUGGCUGGCAGAGGAGGCCUGAGAGGGGUGUUUGGGAACAGCUGGGACGUGGAGGAGGACAUGCCCACAGUGGCCCCAGCCCUGGGGCGUGUGGCUAGAGGGGCUGACCCUGAUGGUUACUGCAGUCACCAGGAGGACGGUAGGAAUGGGGAAAAAACUUGGCUUCUCUGUGCCCCUCCUUGGCCAGACUCUAGAAGCCUUGGGGAGCCUCCUGUGCCCCAGAAGGGGCUGGACUGCUACCUGGACAGCCUCUUCAACCCUGUGCUCUCCUGCGGGGACGUGGACCUGGAGAAGCCAACAGCCAUUGCUUACCGCAUGAAGGGGGGAGGCCAGCCUGGAGGAGGCAGCAGUAGCAGCACUGAAGACACCCCCAGGAGGCCCCCAGAGCCAAAGCCAAAACCAAUCCCAGGCCUGGACGCGUCCACACUGGCCCUGCAGCAGGCCUUUAUCCACAAGCAGGCGAUGCUGCUGGCCCGGGAGAUGACCCUGCAGGCCAUGGCACUGCAGCAGCAGCCUCUGGGUGCCGCCUCCAAGCCCGCCCCCCCAGAGAGACCCCUGCCCCUGGAGGCGCGGCUGAAGCUUGUGGGGAGUGGGCCCCCUGCCAAGCCCGUGCUCCUGCGCACUGCCCCGCAGCCUGCAGCCCCGGCCCCAGCCCCCCUGACCAAGGCCUCCAAGCCCACCACGAAGCCCGUGGCGGCCCCCAUUCUCGUACAGGAUCGAGCUGCUCCAGAGUCCACCUGCCCCUCCCCGGAGCUGGUCCGCUACUCAACACUCAACUCCGAGCACUUCCCGCAGCCCACGCAGCAGAUCAGGAACAUCGUGAGGCAGUGCCAGCAGCCGCCCAGGACAGGCCGGCCUGACGCCCUCAGGAAGGACGGCGGGAGGGUGUUUGUGAAGCGGCCUGACCCCCAUGAGGAAGCCCUGAUGAUCCUGAAGGGGCAGCUGAGCCACCAGACAGCAGCUGCUGGCACCCAGGUGCCCAGAGAGGCCGUGGCCCUGGUGAAGCCGGUGACCAGUGCUCCGAGGCCGCCUAUGGAACCCACUCCAGGGCUUCCCCUGCGGUCACUGGAGCCUGAGGAGGAGCCUGUACAGACACAGCUGCACCGCCUCAACCCCAGCUUCUACGGCUACCAGGACACCCCCUGGCGGAUCUUUCUACGCAAAGAGGUGUUCUACCCCAAGGAGAGCUACAGCCACCCCGUGCAGCUGGACCUCCUGUUCCGGCAGAUCCUGCAUGACACGCUCUCCGAGGCCUGUCUUCGUAUCUCUGAGGAGGAGAGGCUCACCAUGAAGGCCCUGUUUGCCCAGAACCAGCUGGACACACAGCGUCCCCUGGUGGCAGAGAGUGUGAAGAGGGCAGUGGUCAGCACAGCUCGGGACAGCUGGGAGAUCUACUUCUCUCGCCUCUUCCCUGCCACGGGCAGUGUUGGCACUGGAGUGCAGAUCCUGGCUGUCUCCCACACCGGCAUCAAACUCUUGCAGAUGGUGAAGGGAAGCCGGGAGGCCGGUGGGCAGCUGCGGGUCCUGCGUGUCUACAGCUUCGCCGAUAUCCUGUUUGUGACCAUCCCCUCCCAGAACAUGCUGGAGUUCAACCUCUCCAGUGAGAAGGUCAUCCUCUUUUCAGCACGAGCCCACCAGGUCAAGACCCUGGUGGAUGACUUCAUCCUGGAGCUGAAGAAGGACUCUGACUAUGUGGUGGCCGUGAGGAACUUCCUGCCUGAGGACCCGGCACUACUGACCUUCCACAAGGGCGACAUCAUCCACCUACAGCCCCUGGAGCCGCCGCGAAUGGGCUACAGCGCCGGCUGCGUGGUCCGCAAGAAGGUUGUGUACCUGGAGGAGCUACAGCGGAGAGGCCUGGAUUUUGGCUGGAGGUUUGGGACUGUCCACGGGCGUGUGGGCCGCUUCCCAUCAGAGCUGGUGCAGCCCGCAGCUGCCCCUGACUUCCUGCAGCUGCCUGUUGAGCCGGGCCGGGGCCGGGCUGCAGCAGUGGCCGCUGCAGUGGCCUCCACCAUGGCUGCCCGGGAAGUGGGCCGCAGGAGGGAGGGUCCCCCAGUCCGGGCUGGCUCUGCAGACCGUGGGGAGGAUGGCCUGGCUCUUCCUCCGUACUCAAUGCUGGAGUUUGCCCAGAAAUAUUUCAGAGACCCUCAGAGGAGACCCCCGGACUGCAUCCGGCUGAAGGCCAGAGAGGGACGUGAGUCCAGAAGCCUGGAGGACAUGCUGUGCUUCACCAAGACCCCGCUCCAGGAAUCCCUCAUCGAGCUCAGCGACAGCAGUCUCAACAAGAUGGCCACCGACAUGUUCCUAGCUGUGAUGAAGUUCAUGGGGGACGCCCCACUGAAGGGCCAGAGUGAGCUGGACGUGCUUUGUGCCCUCCUGAAGCUGUGUGAAGACCAUGAGGUCAUGCGAGACGAAUGUUACUGCCAAGUCGUGAAGCAGAUCACGGACAACACAAGCGCCAAGCAGGACAGCUGCCAGAGAGGCUGGAGGCUGCUGUACAUUGUGGCUGCCUACCACAGCUGCUCUGAGGUCCUCCAGCCGCACCUUACUCGCUUCCUUCGUGACAUGAGCCGGACCCCAGGCCUGCCCUUCCAGGGUAUUGCCAAGGCCUGUGAACAGAACCUGCAGAAAACUGCGCGCUUUGGCGGCCGCCUGGAGCUCCCCAGCAGCAUGGAGCUUCGAGCCAUGUUGGCGGGCCGCAGUUCUAAGAGGCAGCUCUUUCUUCUUCCUGGAGGCCUUGAGCGUCAUCUCAAAAUCAAAACCUGCACAGUGGCCCUGGAUGUAGUAGAAGAGAUUUGUGCUGAAAUGGCUCUGACACACCCUGAAGCCUUUAAUGAGUAUGUUAUCUUCGUGGUUACCAACCGAGGUCAGCACGUAUGCCCACUCAGCCGCCGUGCCUACAUCCUGGAUGUGGCCUCAGAGAUGGAACAGGUUGACGGUGGCUACAUGCUUUGGUUCCGGCGCAUACUCUGGGAUCAGCCACUCAAGUUUGAGAAUGAGCUGUAUGUGACCAUGCACUACAACCAGGUCCUGCCUGACUACCUGAAAGGCCUCUUCAGCAGUGUGCCCGCCCGCCAGCCCAGCCAGCUGCAGCUACAGCAAGUGUCCAAGCUAGCAUCCCUGCAACACCGGGCCAAGGACCAUUUCUACCUGCCCAGUGUGCGGGAGGUCCAGGAAUACAUUCCGGCGCAGCUUUACUACACCGUGUCCAGCUCGUCCUGGCUCAAUCUAGUCAGCCAGCACCGGCAGCAGACGCAGGCACUCAGCCCCCACCAGGCUCGAGCCCAGUUUCUGGGACUUCUCAGUGCCUUGCCCAUGUUCGGCUCCUCCUUCUUCUUCAUCCAGAGCUGCAGCAACUCAGCGGUGCCAGCCCCCUGCAUCCUUGCCGUCAACCAUAAUGGCCUCAACUUUCUCAGUACAGAAACCCACGAGCUUGUAGCGAAGUUCCCUCUGAAAGAGAUCCAGUCAACGCGGACCCAGCGGCCCACGGCCAGCUCCAGUUACCCCUAUGUGGAGAUUUCUCUGGGGGAUGUGGCAGCCCAGCGCACCAUGCAGCUGCAGCUAGAGCAGGGCCUGGAGCUGUGCCGUGUGGUGGCCGUGCACGUGGAGAACCUCCUCAGUGCCCGGGAGAAGCGGCUUACACUGCCCCCCAGCGAGAUUACGCUGCUCUGACCCCACCCCCAGCC